AUGAUGAGAUUGGAAGACGAGGACGCCCACCACUCGAGUCGUUGUUUGAAAUGGUGCUUAACAGAAUAUGUUUCAAGAAUAGACGGAUGA